UGAGAGCUCACAUCUGGGGACAGAAUCUCGCUCAUCUAGUAACGACAAAAUACUGGAUGGCAGUCAUUUUCUGAGACAGGAUGGCCAUUACAACUUGCCAGAAGGUUACCCUCAUAUCAUGCUCUGUUCUCUGUGUGUCUCUCUUCCUGCCCAGGAUGCUUUUACCCAGAGGAAAAAAUGAGAGGGGCCAGUCUGAGGUUGGACCUGGGUUUUACCCUCCUGGGAUGCAUCAGCUGUCAGUGUCAGAAGACCCGGAGCGCUGGGACGUGGAUUCUUCUCGCUCCCUCACACACACUGUUGAAGCCAGGGUUAAAGUUCAAAGUAUUGGGCGGGGCAAGAAAUACAACCUGAUGGCUCAAGUCAUACCCACAUACGGCUUUGGGAUUCUGCUUUACAUCCUUUAUAUUAUGUAUAAGCUAACAUGUAAAGGAAAGGUGAAAAAAUCUGAGAUCUACUCAACAGAAAAGACAAAAACCACAUCGAACACAAGUGCUACUGAUCAUGAGCUUGCCAGGCUUCAGGAGAAACUUCUGCAAACAGAAUUAAUGCUGGAGAGGAUUGUCUCAGGGAGGAGUCGUUGUUCUUCAAGUGGCAGAAUGCGAAAGAGUAAAACUUCAACAUCAAAGAAGGAAGAAAAACUCCUGAGGCAACUCCGACAGAUCACACUGCUGAUGCAGGAGGGCCGUUUGGAGGGAGCCUCUCCCGAGAUGGAGGCUGAGCAGGUCCCCUACGGUGCAGAUUGGGAAGGCUAUCCAGAGGAGACUUAUCCAGCGUAUGAUGAUUCCUGUGAUAGACAUAAGUACGAGACCAUUAAGCUGGAGGAGAAUCCCAGCCAACCCACUGCUGAGGCCCUUGCAGAGAGGAUGGAGCAGGAAGAGGAAGAGAUCAUGGCCAGGAAACUCUCCAUUGUGGAAGAGGAAGACGAAGAGGAAGAAGAAGAGAAAGAGGAAGAAGAUUUAGAUGAGGAGGAAGAAGAGGAAGAAUUAGAAGAAGUUGGGGGAUUAGAAGAGGAAGCAGAAGAGGACAAAGAGCUUGAAUAUGUGGAGGAUGAAGAGGAGGAAGAGGAGAAGAAACAGUUGCUCAUUCCUGCAUCUCCUGUUAUUGGCAGAAAGCAGCAAAGAGUUGGUUUGGAGGUGAGCAAAGAGCUGCAACAACACAGCGGAGGGAAGAAGCAAAUAACCUUCAGUGAGAAGAAACACGUGUUCCACUACCCCAAAGAGGAUACCUAUGAGGAAGAGGAAGAUGAGGAAACAGAGGAUGAGAUGGAGGAGGACAUAGAAGUAGAAGAGGAGGAGGAAGCUGAUGAUGAUGAUCCUCUGAUGGAGGCAGAAAGCCUGCAGUUUAGUUGUGAAGGCUCCUCAAACCCAGAGGAACAAGCAGAGGAAGAUGAAGAGGAGUAUUUGUUAACUUUGGCACCACUGGAAGAUGAACAUCUGAUUCAUGCAGACGCCCCAAAAGAGGUCGGGCAGAAUGUCCUGAGGAUGAGAAACAGAAGAGAAACUUUUACAGUGACCUAAUUCUGCCCAUGAAGUAAUCGUUAUCCCUCACAUGUUUAAACCACCAAAAAUCAAACUUAUUUGAGAAACAUCAUCCAAUGAUAAAAGCAUUGCAAAUGUUUUUCUUUUGUUCACUGUAGAAAAGUGUAAUCAAAUGUAUUGGUUUAUGAUGACUGAGCUUAAAGACCUGACAUAUAGGAAAAUGUAUUUUGUUGUUUUUCUAGUUGUUUGUCAUUGAUUUGAAGAAAUUCAGUCUGAUUACUAUCCAUUAAAUUCUUCACAAUCUGUCACUAAAAAGAAGAAGAAACAUGUUACAUACGUGCUUUCUAUAUUGAAAUACUUCCACCUCCGCUUGUUUUAUGUCACUUAUCACUUAGUUGAAACAUUUUUAAUUCGUUCUUUCACAUACUGAACAGUAAUAACAGAGAGCAAAAGUGUUGCUGUCAAUGACACUUAUCAGGCAAGUAUCAUCGCUAACAGGGAGACUGAGAAACAAAACUCUUGCAAAAAUGCAACACUGUCCUGACAGGUACAGGUGACACAUUUCAUAAACAAGCUUAAUUGCAUAGGAUUUGAAGUCGACAUUAUAACAUCAUAACAGAAAAUCCAAUUCAGCCUAGAUUGCUGACAUCUUGACUGAUGUUCCUGCUUUUUUGGGAACAUAAGAUGAAUAUUUGGCUCCCUCUUAUGGUUUGAUUUAACUGAGCAGCGUUAAAUACAAACAUGAUGAGCGCCACAGAUUAUCCCAACUCCUCACUGAAAUGACGGCCAUGCAGGGAAAAACUAUCAACAGCAAUAACACCAAAGACAAUGGCCACGACUUAGUGAGAAAUAUACAUGAUUUUUUUUUCCUCCAAGUGAUGUCCUAAUUCUCAGCAUGGAGGAUAAUAUUUUUAUAAAUACUAAAAUAACUAUUUUGUUUGCUUACAUUUUGUUUCUUAAGAAAGAUCUGUUUUGUUUGUUUUAGUUUUGUGUCAUAUUUAGGUGUGUCUACUGACAUUUACAAUUAAAUCUGUAAGUGUCCACCAAUUCCCAUUGUGCACCCUUAAAUCAUCAUAUUCUCAUCUGUGUUCUUCAUACUUAGUAUAUUCACUUGUCCAUCUUUUUCCUAGCCCCCAUGAGGCUUUGCGUGAUUUAUGGGCGCGACGUCCGCCGUAAACCGGAACUGCCAU